AUGCGACUCCUCAGACUCCUCCACACAUCGCUCGACCGCGCCUUGCUAGUUCUUUACCCGCUCUGCGCCGUGAGCUUCACUUACUUAUAUCUCUACCCGGUCUUCAAAGGCUGCGCAUUCCCCCUGGCCCACGGCCAGUCCCCAUGGCAAACCCACUCCCCGUUCAUCGGGACGCUACAACAGUAUCCCUUCGCCAAUACCGUCCUUCAACACUUUGGAGUUCCGAACUUUGCGCCGGACGACCCGCCCGCUAUUUUUAGGCUCCUAGUUCUCGCAGACCCUCAAUUGGAAGGCGACACAUCUCUCCCGCUGCCAGAAUGGAAAAUAGUCCCGCGCAUACGCAAACAUUGGCGCGAAGUUCAGAACUCCGCAAAGGCCUCAGGGCUCCCGUGGCCGCUCUCGUUCUUGAACCGCGAGGUGCCCGUCGGUCUGUGGACCAUCAUCACGGAAGAUAUACCGCGUUCGCUGCGAGCAACGCAAAAACAAAUUGAUCUUCUCGGCAACGACUGGUACCUUGCGCACAUCUACCGCACUCUCUUCUGGUGGACGAGACCGACGCAUACAACAGUGCUCGGGGAUCUUCUGGGCAGUCAAUGGAUUGACGAUAGCGAAUUCCAAUUGCGUAGAGCGCGAUAUUGGAACCGUGUUUUUCGUGGCGCCGUACCCGUGAACGACAGCAUCACACGCACGGGUGAGAUUGGGAGUACAGGGAAAGCCAAUGAGGAUCUGGAGGUGAAAGGACACAUGGAGCCACUAGGAGAGGAUGCCGACCCAGCCUGGGCAAGACGGCUGAUCAACGUUGCGGGAAACCAUGACAUCGGGUAUGCAGGCGACGUGAGUGAAGCGCGCAUGGAGCGUUUCGAGCGUGCAUUUGGCCGCGCCAACUGGGAUCUCAAGUUCCAGCACCCUCCUGUCCUGUUGCCCAAUUCUACUUGGGAUGAGCGGACGGUCCCUGUAUUGCAUUUGGUCAAUUUGAAUACGCUUACCCUGGACACGCCUGCUUUAUCUAAGGAUGUCCAGGAUAAGACCUAUUCCUACCUCAAUGACCUGAUUGGCAGAUUGGACCCGGUUGGGGAUGAUAGCACAUUCACUUUACUCCUGACACACGUGCCUUUGCACAAGGAGAAAGGCAUCUGUACAGAUGAGCCCUAUUUCUCAUUCCAUGAUGAUGACGAUGAAGACGGCCCGGACGGAGUGCCGCGCUUUAAGGCCGGCGGUUUGAAGGAACAGAACCACCUGAGCAGCUUUGUUAGCGUGAACGGGAUUUUGCAAGGCAUUUACGGAAAGUCUGGUGAUAAGAAUGCGCAUGCUGGUGGAAAUGGCCGUCAUGGACUCAUUCUCACAGGUCAUGACCACGCAGGCUGUGACGUUGUGCAUUAUAUCUCUCAUAAUGAGACCGAGACCGAGACCGAGACCGAGACCGAAGAGGGCUGGCAAUGGGUCGCUCGACGCUACGAUGGCUCUAAUAUCAAAGAGAUAAAGGCGCCUUCCAUUCGCGAGGUGACUCUUCGUUCGAUGAUGGGUGAGUUUGGUGGCAAUGCUGGUCUUCUUUCCAUCUGGUUUGAUGCUAAGCUUGGUAAAUGGGACUAUGAGAUGACCUUGUGCCCUGCUGGUGUGCAGCAUAUCUGGUGGGCGGUGCAUGUGAUUAUUUUGAUCCAUUUUGGUGUUCAAUUUCUUCGAUUCUUGCUCUGGAUGGGUCUGCGUUCUCAGGAGAUCAAAGAGUCAAGAUCAACUUCGAUGGGUGAGAAGAUCGAGGCGACAGUUAUUCCACUCAUUGAUCGUGCGAAACAAGACCACGAGGGAAGAAAGAAAUUGGAAAAGUCGAGUAGGAAGUGA